AUGGCUACGUCUGCCGCCGAUCUCGAUGCCAGGGACUGCUUUGGACGCAGUGCCCUACAGCAGGCCGUCAGGGAGACAACCGGUAUGUACAGACUGCAGCGCCUGAUCGAGGACGGAUGCGAUAUCAACGCCCAGGACUGGUUCGGCAAGACAGCGCUGCAGUCUGCGCUGGAGCUCCAGGACACCGAUACCUGCGCAUACCUGGUAGAGAAGAUGGUUGAACAGGGCAAACGUCUUCCUGUAAAGCUCCCGCGAGCAGUCUCCAGCUGGGCGAGCAAAAAGCGAUGGUUCCCGGCCCUGGAAUCGGUCGUUUCGGGGCACGAUAGCAGCACCAGCCUGACCCAGGGCGGCUAUCUUGCUCUCCUGGGCUUCCUGACGGAGUCCUUGAAGCUGCCGGAGACCAUCGUGGCCAGAAUCCUCGAUGACGCCGAGUUCUGGGUAACGGCCGCGGUCCGGCGUAAGGACAAGAUCUCUGUCGACGAGCAUUGCCCGGUUGAGCCGUAUAUUACGGUCGUGAAUCCGGCGCUGCAGGGCUACGUUCGAAGGAUAGACGUCCUCACCGUCUCGCACGAUCAAGGCUGGUGCCAGCAAGGCCUUCCCGGGUCUUAUGUCGGGUCGUUCACCUGGUUUGACCUUGCUGCAAUUCGCGGCCAGGAGAAAGCCCAGGUCCUCGAGCUUCAGUCGAACAUUUGCGCUUCCAGGUCCGGUCGGACUCACUACAACGAGAUGCGCUUGCGGGCUCCGGCCAUAGCGGACUGGAUGAAUGCCCUCAAGCCGGGAGACAGGAUAGCUGUAUACCCGAGAGCACGAUACGGCGCCUGGGUUAAUUACGUCGAGCAUGUAGAGAUAAAACUGUGGUAUGCACUGUGGCAUGUAUAG